UUCACCUCUUACGUGACUCCCUGUCUUGUCAACAUUUCCUGUUACUUUGAAGAUAUUUAUGAUCUUGGCAUCUUUCAAAUGGAUCUCUUCCCCCUAUAUAAACAAAGAUUUGCUAAUGCAAAGGAGUGCAUCUUCAAGCUGAGAGGACUCCUUAUCAGCCUAGCAGCAUUGGUGUUUGAAAUAGUCAUUGCAAAUAGCCAAUGCUGGCGCCUGUGGGAAUUCAACAACAAGGUCGUGCAAUUUGUGUCCUUUGGACUGUGGGAAGCUCAUUACCCUCAAGAGUUUAAUGUCUCAGGGACUGUAGUCAAGAUGCUGGUGCAUACCCCUAUCAAUUCCACCUGGACCAUUUCCCCUGAAUAUCAGUAUGCAAAAACCCUGAUAAUGUGGGCCGUUUUGAUGAAGCCUGUAGUUCUGAUUUUUGGUGCAAUAGCCAUCAAGAUCAGCUGUAUGAGAGACCCAUUCGUGGAGUUGCAGAUACAUUGUUACAAGGUCUGUGCCUUAAAUUUGUGUGUUAGCAGCCUCUUCACAUGUGUUUCUGUGAGCUGGAACCACUUUGUAGAUCAUUAUGGCCAAACCACUCUUGACUUUCCACCUAACUUUCCGGUUAAAAAAGAAGCCUUGAUAGACAAACACAAUACUGCUGUGUUCCCAAUAGGGGUUCUGACAGCCACCAUGUCACUCUUUGGUGUGAUCUUCUUUCUCUCUGAGAUAAGAAAUUUGAAACUACAGAGUCAGGUGAAGGCCCAGCGUGCUUGCAUAGUGGCCAAUCAAGAGGCUUGAAGUGAGGGCUCCUGCAUUUGAAGAAUCUGUUAAACGUUUCCUUGAAGAAAGUUUUUAUUCAUACAGAUAACUCCUAUGGUCAUCAAUUCAUUCUAAAUAA